AUUUAGAAUCCCAGAUGUAUUUUGGAGGUAUUUCACUAGGAGCUGGAGUUCUGGCAAGAGAAGGAGGAAUAAAUUCCAGUGAGUAUGAAAAUGUAUCAAGAGAAAAGGAAACGUCAGAAGAAUUUGAAGCUAACGCUAUGGAUUCUCUGAUAGACAUGCCAUUUGCCACUAUAGACAUCAAAGACGAUUGUGGAAUCACUGAUGUACCUCACAUAAAUUUGGAGAGAAGUAAAGAAAAUGAACGGAUCAGUAAGGAUCAAAUAAAGAAGAGGAAAAAAAAGCAAAAAGAUUAUCAGCCCAACUAUUUCUUAUCCAUUCCGAUCACCAACAAAGAGAUUACAAGAGGAAUUAAGAUCCUGCAAAAUGCAAUAAUACAACAAGAUAAGCAACUAGCCAAAGCAAUGACCAGUGACGGCUCCUUUCAUAUUACUCUGCUUGUGAUGCAAUUAUUGAAUGAAGAUGAAGUAAACAUUGGUAUUGGUGCUCUUUUGGAAUUAAAACCAUUCAUAGAAGAAAUCCUCCAAGGGAAACAGUUGAUUUUGCCCUUUCAAGGGAUUGACACUUUUAGAAAUCAGGUUGGAUUUGUCAAGCUGGCAGAAGGAGAUCAUGUAAACUCACUUUUGGAGAUAGCAGAAGCUGCAAAAAAGACAUUUCAAGAAAAGGGCAUCUUGGCAGGAGAAGACAGGAGUUUUAAGCCUCACUUGACUUUUAUGAAAUUGUCCAGAGCACCACAGCUCCGGAAGAAGGGAGUGAAAAAAAUAGAUCCCGAAGUCUAUGAAAAAUUUAUCAGCCACAGAUUUGGAGAAGAAAUGGUACAUCGCAUAGAUCUUUGCUCCAUGCUAAAGAAGAAGCAAAGUAAUGGUUAUUAUCACUGUGAGUCUUCGAUUGUGAUUGGAAACCAUGUUUUUCUGGGAAAAAAAGAUUCAUGCAUGAGUGCUUUUAUCAUCUUAUCAGGGAGAUUGCAUGUGAUUGAGACAGAUUCAUACACAAUUAUGUUUCCAUGUGAAAAAUGUAUGCAUCAAAUGAAGACUUUUUUUUAAAACCAGAACAAGGCUGUUCUGCAGUGUGAAUAUAUUCAAAGGAAUCUGAUCUGUUGAGAUGCAAAUGUGCUAUUUCAAACCCAGGCAUUAUUCUUAUAAAAUUGUGAACUUCAAAAAAAUUUAAAAAAUGAAAUACAGUUGUGAACGUCAAGAGAACCUGAUUUGUAUACUUUUGAAGUAACAAAGAAGAAGUAAUCAAAGAAGAUAAAUACUUGUAUUUAAAUAUUUCAAGGUCUUCAAUCAAGAUAAUUUCUGUCCGUAUCAGCUUGAAGAAAACCUGUGGAAAUACACAUCCUCAAAGAAUCUUAAUACUGAAGGUUGUUAAUGCAUUAAAGAAAAUGUUCCAGAGACACAAUUUUAUUUCCAAAUUCUCACUAGACAUUUUCAAAGAAGUCAGCAUUUUACCUUCCUAAGAUCUUAGCUCUCUUAAACAGAGAUAUUCUGUAUAUCAGCUGAAUUUAUGUUCUCAAACGUUUCAUGUCUAUUUCGAGGAGGAUUUUUGUGUUUUCAGAAUCUCUGGUGGAGAGCUAUUUUCCAUCAAAGUUUUGAUGAGGGCCAACCAAUUUCCAUUUAGUAAGGUUAAUAGCAGAGGGCAAAUUUAAGACUUUCUUUUGUAACACAGACGUUGGCUAGCUUUCCAUAUGUUCUCUGUGUACUUACAUUGGGCCAUUGUUGAAGGAGAACUCCAUGCUCUUCCUUGCCUUUCCUGAUCCUGUUUAAAAAACAAAUAAAUAAAAAAACCCCGAGUCAUGUGUAGAUUUUCCUGAAGAUAUCGUGAGAUUAACAUCAUCCAGUUUAUGACACGUGUCACCUACAUUGCCAUUAGACAGCUCUGUUCAGCUCACUCCAAAUCAGAUGCGUCAACCAGUGAGUUUUCUAUUUUAUUGCUCCUUUCAGCUUAGUCUUUAAAAUUCCCCUUAUUCUAGGCAGUAUCUCCAGAUUUCCCCCUCAGGCUUCUUUAUCUCUCAUCUUUUCUAACUCAGAGGAAUUUAGCUUCUUUUAAACUCCACCAAUCUUGUGUCCCCAUACUGAUCAUUUAACAUUAUUUUAAAAAAUGGUUUUUGCCUGUUACAGAUGCUCUA